AUGACGCUGAAGACCCUCAUAUCCCAGUACAUGUCGCUCUUGCCGACGAAAUACUGGAAAAUAUUGGCUCCCUUGGGUGUUCUUUUACUAACACAUCGUAUCAACCAACGUCUCAGCCGUCGAGCUCUCAACAAUGCCACACCAGCUAAAUUUGACUGGGAGGAGGAAAUCAUCUUGGUGACUGGAGGAGCUGGCGGCAUCGGAGCAGCAACUGUAAAGAAGUUGGCCGAGCGUGGGACGACAGUUGCCGUACUGGACAUUCUGCCUCUAACUUAUGAAGCUCCGAAAAAUGUCCACUACUAUAAAUGCGACCUAACAAACCGAGAAGGGCUCGCAACAGUCGCUGAGACCCUGACGAGGGAAGUUGGCACACCCACUUGCGUGGUGGUCAGCGCUGGUAUCUGUCGCGGCAAGACCAUCCUUGAUGCUUCUCAGCGCGACAUCGAAGUGACCUUCGGAGUGAAUAACCUGGGCCUGAUAUGGACGAUCCAAACAUUCCUCCCUGCAAUGGUGACCAAAAACCAUGGCCAUAUCCUAAUCAUCGCAUCGCAAGCUGCAUAUCUCUCUACCGCCGGAAUCGUGGACUAUGCCGCUACAAAAGCGGCCACUCUAGCCAUCUACGAAGGCAUUCAGACUGAACUUCGUCAUAACUACAAAGCACCAGCGGUCCGGCUAUCGUGUAUAUCCCCUUCCGCUGUACAGACGAACAUGUUCCGUGGUAUUAAAGUCCCGAGCUUCUUACCAGCUCUCACGCCUGGCGAUAUUGCCUCGGUUAUCGCAGAGAUAAUUUGGAGUGGACGAGCACAGAACAGGAUGAUUCCGCCCUCGGCUGGCCUAUCUCAGCCGGCAAGAGUGGUUCCAGAGUGGAUGCGAGUGGCACUCCAGGAUUAUGCGAAGGAUGCUAUGUCGUCGCUGUCUCCUCAUCAGCCGAUGCAGUAA